UAUUUACAACACCUCCCAGCGGACCAUAGUAAAACUAUAGACAAGACUCCGCCUGUCAACUCUCAGCGGUUCAUCCAGGGUGACCAAUCUUGUUAUGCUUUGAACUACCCUAACAAACCGGUUGAAAUUCGUCCCAGUGAUUGUAUAGACUUGGAUCUGCUUGAUUACAUACAUAGUGUAAAGAGGACUAAUAUUGUUCCUUUUGUGUGUGUGAACUCACUAUAGAAAAAUUUCCUUGAGGAUUGCGGCCAUUUUGGAAUAGUUUUCAAACAAACUUGAACUUUUUAAGCUUUAUUGGAGUUUCUACGCAAAACUGAAUAGGAGCGACGAUGAGUUCUAGAGAGGAAAGGUUGCUACAGGCGAAAAUUGCCGAACAAAUUGAGCGCUACGACGACAUGUCUAAGGAAAUGAAAUCUAUUGUUGAAACCGGUGAUAAACCACUAACAGACGAGGAACGAAACUUGCUGUCGGUUGCUUACAAGAAUGUCGUCGGAACUCGUCGUUCAGCAUGGAGAGUGGUCGCAUCGUUGGAGCAGAAAGCUAUUGACAAGAAAGAAGAGGAGAAAAAACUGAAGUUAUCGACAAAAUACCGUGAGAAAAUUGAGACCGAAUUGAAUGAUAUUUGCGAUGAAGUGAUCAGUUUAUUGGAUACUAACCUCAUAGAAAAAGCCGAAUCUGAUGAAUCUAAGGUAUUUUAUGAGAAAAUGAAAGGUGAUUACUAUAGAUAUAAGGUAGAAGUUGCCGCACAAGCAAACAGGUCCGACUUAGCUGACAAAUCUCGUGAUGCAUAUGAAAAGGCCUUCCAAAAAGCCAAGGAAUCCAUGGGUCCAACAAAUCCAAUUAGACUUGGACUUGCAUUAAACUAUUCUGUAUUUUAUUAUGAAAUCAGGAAUGAACCCCAAAAAGCCUGUGAACUAGCUAAAUCAGCGUUUGAUGAAGCUAUAGGAGAAAUCGAAACGAGCUCAGGAGACGAUACAAUGAAAGACAGUAUGUUGAUCAUGCAAUUGCUAAGAGACAAUCUUACACUAUGGUCAUCUGAAAUGGACGACGAAGGUCAAGAUGAACAACAAACUCAAGAUUGAACAAAAAAUGUGAUUAAGAAAAAAAAACAAUUAUGUGUCUAAUGUGAAAGCGGAAGGGCAUGAUCUGUAAAACAUUCGGAUGACCUAAGUUAGUUUUUGAUGACAAAUUAUACGUGUAUGAUUAGCAAUAAGAAAAGUGUCGUAACCAUCACAAUUUAACAAAGGGUCGUGGCCUCCAGCUUUUUACAUGUACAAGGUACAACAUGUUCGUCUAAUAACCUAUGUUUGACAAAUAAUUGACAUAACACUAAGAUACAUUGUAUAACCAUGUUAUUUCGACUUGAAAAAACUUUUAUUUUACCACAUUAGGUCCAUAUAGGGUUUAUUAUUUCAUGUUAUGAUUCCUAAUGUUACUUACCUUUCAUUUUGUUUUAUUUAAAAGGUAUCAUUGUCAUUCAAGUUUCAGUCACGUCGUCACCUCAUUCAUAGUUCUCAUGAAAUCCCUGUAUGGAUCUAGACACUUAUUAUAAAUUGAUUUUGGGAAUUAGAAAAUAUUAACCAAUGUAUAUUUUAAGAUUAAAUUAGUAAAUCUUUUUAUAAUUUUGUA